CUGCCACUAUAUAGUGGGUGGGCAACAGCACUCGACCAUGAACGCGCGGACGGAGGCAGACAGAGCCGAAUAAAAAAGAUAGAAAAUAAUAAAAAAAAAAGAAAGAAAGAAAGAAAAAAGAGGACGACAACAGAGAGCUUCUUCAUUCGUGUUCCGAACCGUGUCGAGACCGGUCUGCUCUCUCCCAGCGCUCCCUCCCCACAGUUUCCUUAAAAACUUGGACGUUCAACGACCAUCAAACCUUCGAGUGAACGCGUGUUACACACCAUAACUGACGAGCAAAUUAAGCCAUUCGAUUUGCUGCCACGGGGCUAAAUAGAACGGUGGGAGAGAGAGAGAGUGAAUAGCUGUCAAUUGCAACUGCAUCGAUUGGGUGAGAACGGCCGGACGACACGCACACAAAACCGCCAAAAAAAAAACAAAACAACAUCGAGGACGGACGACGUUCAAGACAAAAAAAGGGAACUAGCGCCCUCGUUUGUGUCCGCUGCUCUCCCAAGUUCUAUCCAUCAAAACGAGAAGUAAAAAAAAAAAAGAAAAAGUUACAGAGAGCUAAGAAGAGAAACAAAUAACCAAAGGCGAAAACAAGAAGAAGGAAGAAAUCAUUGAGCGAUCAGAGAAAAUGGCCAAGUAUUUGAGACGCAGUUUCCGGCGUAAGAAGGAAGUCCGUUUUAUGGGAAGUGCCGAACACGAAGAUGGGGACAGCCCUACGCCGCGCUACCGACCCGACGGCAUCGACGCCCUUUGCAAAGCUACCGGAUUCAGCCGCAAGGAGCUUCAAUUAAUGUACCGCAGUUUCAAACAGGAAUGCCCAACUGGAACGGUCAACGAGGCCACUUUCAGGCGCAUCUACACCCACUUCUUCCCUUACGGAGAUGUUUCUCCUUACGCUCACUGCGUUUUCCGGGCGUUCGACAUUCGCCACAACGGCGUCAUCAACUUUGAGGAUCUGGUGCUGGGAGUAUCAUCGCUGUCACGCGGAUCAGUGCCGGAUAAAUUACGUUGGGUUUUCACGCUGUACGACGCCGAUGGCGACGGAGUCAUCAGCCGAGGUGAAUUACGAGACGUUGUCAUGGCCGUCCAUCGACUCAGCCCUCACGGCAACCUACUGUCGAGUAAAACGAUUCCUGACAUGAUGCCAAGUCCUUCAACCACCAAUUCGGCAGCAGCAAUGGCCGAACGCAGAAAUCAUGAAAUGUUUGCUGAACGACACGCAGAUCGCAUAUUUCAGAAACUCGAUAUCAACUGCGACGGACAAGUCACGUGGGAUGAAUUCCUGGAAACAUGCACCAAGGACGAAACAAUCGCCAACACUAUGGCCAAUAUGGACGUCGCCCUUUGAAAGAAAUCAUUUGCUUCUUCAAAUAAUGCUCGGAAAAGAUGAAAGAAAAAAUUCAAUCUCGUCAGAUCUUUCCGUGAUGUAAUUUUUUAUCCCUUUCCCUGAUUACCCGUAGAUGUAUUUCAUUCGUGUAGGAACUCGGACUGUUUUUUUCAUCACCUUCAAAAAAUCUUUAACGUGUUGUUUCAACGGAAAGAACUAGAUGGCGAUAUAUUACAUCAUGUUGUUAACGAAAAAUCAUUCUGAAAAAAAAAAAGAAAGAUAGAAAAAAAAAUCCUGCCAAAUAACGUAUUUAUUUAUCGAUCCGAAUGUGGAUUGCAGUUAACGGAGCAAAUUAAUUAUGAACUCUCAUUUUUUUUUCAACCCAUUCGUUCAUUCUUUAUAUUUUCGUGCAUGUAUAUCCACAUUCUGGAGAGAGACACGAUUUUUCCAACAGUA